GCGAGACUUGGACAGGAAUCGAAGCGCCGGGGGCCGGCCUAAGGAAAGAUGGAGCCACGGGUAGGGAACAUGUCGGAGUCAGACGUCGGCAGGAAGUGGGACCGCUGCAUGGCGGACACGGUCGUGAAGCUAGGUACUGGUUUUGGAUUAGGAGUUGUUUUCUCACUUACCUUCUUUAAAAGGAGAUCGUGGCCUUUGGCCUUUGGCUCCGGCAUGGGCCUGGGCAUGGCUUACUCCAACUGUCAGCACGACUUCCAGUCACCAUACCUGCUGCACGGGAAAUACGUCAAAGAGCAGGAGCAGCAGUGACCCACGCCGAGAAUGUCACAGUGCGAGGGAAGGAGGGUCCCCACCGACUCCUCAGGAACCCCAUGGCGCCCCAGAGUCACGGCAGUGGUCCUGCAGAGCUUGCCAUGCUGGGGCUCUGUUGCAUUGAAACCAGUCUGUCUGUUAUUUUGUAUUUUCUUUCUGAAAGUUGUAAGGAGGUGGUCUUAAGAGAAAUAAAUUAAAAACAGGAA